ACAAAAGGAGAGAAGGACUUUUACUGUGAGCUUAUGCAGCUAAUUUUGGGUUACUGAAGCUGCAUGGCUGCAUCGCUGGUGUUCAGGCUGCAGGACAGAGGUCCACAGCUGGUGAGGGAAGUGCUCCUGGAACGGGGAUGGAAAGAAUACGAUGGCAGGAAGCGCGAGGAGGAAGACUGGAACCUCUACUGGCGGGCGUCUGCAUUCCCAGAAUAUCACAGCCUGCUGCCAUGGCAGCGCCUCAAUCACCAUCCCAAAACCGCUGGGAUCUGCCGAAAGGACUUAUUGGUGCGCAACCUGAGGAGAAUGAGGGCAACAUUCGGUUCGGCUCUCUAUGACUUCAGUCCGACCACCUUCAUCCUUCCCAACGAGUAUACUCGAUUCCUGGCCGAGUACAACAGACUGCUUCCUGCCAGAGAUCGCACCGCCUGCUGGAUUUGUAAGCCUGUGGACCUCUCCAGAGGUCGAGGGAUUUUCCUCUUCCGUGACCUGAAAGACUUGGUUUACGACUGCCCUGUGAUCGUACAGCGGUACGUCAGCAGCCCUUUGCUGAUAUCAGGCUACAAGUUCGACCUGAGGAUUUACGUGUGUGUGAAAAGCUUCCACCCACUGACUGUUUACAUCCAUCAGGAGGUGCUGGUGCGUUUCGCCACUGAGAAAUACAACCUCUCAUCCCUGUCCAACGUGUACGCUCACCUCACCAACACCAGCAUCAAUAAGGGCGGUCCCUUCUAUAAAACCCCGAAAGGACAGGUGGGUCCAGGGUGCAAGUGGACCAUCAGCAAGUUCAGGCAUUUCCUUCAGGGUCAAGGCAUCAACGAGCUCUUCCUGUGGCAGAGGAUCAGCAACAUGGUGACGCUGACCCUCCUCGCUAUCGCUCCGUCCGUACCGUCCUGUCCAAACUGUGUGCAGCUCUUCGGCUUUGACGUCCUCGUUGACAGCGAGUUUAAACCCUGGCUCCUGGAGGUCAACCACAGUCCCUCGCUGACUCUGGAGUGCCAAACGGACGUCGUAGUGAAGAAGGGGCUGAUCAGCGAUCUGGUUGACUUGAUGAAUUACACAUCAGCCGACAGAUUAAGGGACAGAGCUUAUCAGACACAAAGAAAUGUCAAUGUCAACCUCUCAGUGCCCGUUCCUUUGCUCCCCAAGACGAAAGAACACAACCUUCAGAGGAAAAAUAAAAAAUCCUGGCCAUACCAGCGGGACUCUCUCGCUGCGUACCAAAGACACCUUCCACCUGUCGGGGCCUUAAACUGGAUACUCGGCUCAUACUCAAAGACAAACAUGGCUGCGGCGAAAGGAGGUCCGGCUCUUUCAUCGCACCAGAUGAAAUAUGGCCCUCGGGUUACUGAGGUCACAAACCGAGACAACACUGAAACAGUAGCUGAAACUGAGCUGUCAGGAGAAAACGAGGUCGCAGCCUCGGUACCCGACACCAGGAGCAGAAGGUCAACAUUCAGACGAUCUACAGAUUCCUCGAGGUUCCCAAACAUCCACAGAGGGAGUCAGAGGGUCCAUGUUCAGGGACCUGUAGUUCUGACUGGGCAACAUAUUCCUCCAACCAGAGUCGGAGGCUUCAUACGGACUUUCCCAUUUAACCCGGCGACCCUGAAGGCUUCCCGGGACACACUGGAUGUUCUGGUCAUCUUACAGGAGCUUCAGAAGCUGACGGGUCAGGUGGCUUCAGGCCGACGGGACGAGACGAAGGAGGCGAGAGAGGACGAGGCGGACGAAGACGACCGCUUUGAUUCACUGCUGUGGGGGCCAGAAGAUCCUCUGCCGCUCAGUCGACGGUUCAAAAACGCUUACAGACAUGCAGACACGUAAAAAAAAAUAACGAUCCAAGAUGAUCCAAGAGUAUUUCAACAUAAACACGCACCCUCAGCUGAAAGCAGGGCAGAAUCAUUGACCCGUAAUGUGUCUGAUUUGCAUAAGCCGUGCAUCAUUUCAAAACAACUCUUAAUUCUUGUGAAUCGAAAUGUUGCAAUGAAAAGUGCCACACCUGCCGUGAAGAUGAGUAAAUGCCAAUCUUGGAGGAAGAACAGUCAUCUUUGCCCGGUCGUUUUAGCCCUUUGCUAACUUUUGUAGUCUCAGUGAAAUUGCUUGUGCUGUGCUGCUGUGUCUUGUUUUCCAUCUAGAUAAACGUCAUAUGAGAACCAAAA